CACCUUACUCACCUCUCCAUCUCCCUUCCCUCUAAAUCCCCCAAAUGUUCCCUAAAUCCAUACCUACCCCCAAACCUCCUCCGCACUGGUCCUUCUGCAAGACCUGCCACUUCCUAUUCCUCUCCUCCCUUCCUCCCCAUUGUUCAGGCACCACCCAGACCUGCCAGCCAGGCUCGACCUGCCUGUGCUCCAUCCAGAUCGGGUUUUCAGACUCCUUCCUUGACCUACACGAACAGCAGAGGGCUGAGUGAAGAGCAGUCAAGAAGCAGCUGCUGGUGGAAGUCAGUGGGGGAUGGCCACAGAUCUUCGAGUGACCUAUUUGAACAGACUGAAUGGAUCCAGAUUUUACUGUACAGGUUGCCUGUUGAGGAAAAAUUAUGUGAUUUGACUGAUUGCUCAAUAGUUUGAAGAAGGUGAAUAAAUGUCCGUUUUGUAGAGCAGGUAUUACAAAGGAGAUGGUGAAGAAAGAUGAGAGUUUGUUAAAUGAGUUCCAGAAUAUUUAUAUUGUUGACAAGCAAAAAGAAAAUCAGCAAGAACAAAAAGAAGAAGAACAAAAGGAAGAAGAGCAAAAAGAAAACCUAAGACAAAAUCCAAAGGAAAAUAAUGAGUGAUCAACUCAUAAAAAUCCCCUUACUGCAUCUUGAGAAGAUUGUGAUGCCCUUAUUUGAAUCACAUGCCUUCUAAAUGAUCAUAAGUCACAUCAAGUAAUUGAGAUUCCUGAAAAAUACCCAAAAGUACUAUCAAAAGCAGGAGACAUCGUUAAAGAAUCAAAAGAACAAAUUAACACCUACAAGGACGCUUUAGAUAAAGUUAAAGACGACAUAAGCAAAGCAUCGUUGAUCGAGAACUGAAUUGCUCAUCCUGUUACAAAAAUACUCCAAAGCCGAUAUCCUUGAGAAUUAAAUAAAAGAAUGUCGAAUUAUGAGACUCAGCUAGGUAUCUACAAUCAGAAAAGCAAUCACUACGUUACAAACAUUGCAGAUAUGAUUAAAAAUCCAGUCAUUCAAGAUCUCAAAGAUUUACAUCAGAUGUCUGCUUUCUUGAACCAACAAAACAAGAAAAUAAUAGAGAAAGAAAAAGAAUAUGAAACAGUCAUUAACCAAAAUAAAUGGCUCAAGAACCUUGCUAAUUCAAUGAAGAUUCAUAUUCCUUUAUACCGUCAAGAAGGAACCAACACAAUAACUGUUGAAAAACCUGAAUACAAGUUAGAAGUCACCCAGAAGUUCAGAAACGACAGAUAUAUCGGGACCAUCAAAAUUAUUCCUGCCUUUAUACAUAUCCAAGAUGAAGAUAACAAUCUAGAAAACCAGCAAAGCCAAGAAGACAAAGAAGAAAUAAGCGCAUUUGAUGAAAAAGUACAGACCUAUUUAAUAUUUUUAUCAAAUCUUUCACCUAACCAUACAGAAGAAUCAUUAGGAAUGCAGACACUCCUGGUGAUCAAAAGUUACUCUGCUCAAGAAAUAUUCAGAGUAAAUGAGCCUGUGGAGUUUAACGUGAAGGUGAAGAUCAUAGAGUUGGAUAAAUACAUCAAGACUUACCUUCUGAAGAGAUAUUCUAGUCUAAAGGAAAAGAUAAACCAGGAGCUUGACAGUGUUUGCUUUGAGCUUGAAAAUUCAGUGCUUUAAAAUAAAUUCAAUUAUUUGGUAAAAUCUAGGGG